AGUAAGAAGAGUUGGGACUACAAAUUCGUAACAAUAAAUAUUUUAUAUUUUACUACAAUGAAAAUUAUUUCCAUAUUAUCCUUAGCCGUUUGUGUUGUAGCUACAAUGGCUAUGCCAUCAAAGGUCUCAACAACGUAUAAUGAUAAUUAUCCGGCUUUGAAAGAUGAACUGUGCAACGACCACGACUAUCGAACAGACAACUUCAAUUUAUUUGGGCAACUAAUUUAUCUACUUUUGACAUUACCAGACGAAGAUAACUAUACGAAAUUCAAUUGCCGUAAUUACUUAAGUAUUUCAAGAAAAGCACUGGCUGUACUUCUUCGACUUAGAAAUAUUGACAGAGUGAACUAUGAAAAAUUCGACUCCCAUCCCAAGAGAACUUUAGAUAGUAUUGGUGGUGGACAUUUAAUAAAAAGAAGCGAAAAUUUCGGCUUUUAAAUAAAUAUUUAAUUAAUUUUAUAUCUUAAGAAAUGCUGGGAAUAAGUUUGUCUGUAAAAUUUAUUUGUUCAUAAGUGCAUGCACUUACCAAUAAUGUUAAUGUUUUUUCUCUACAAAGCUGACUUUAAAGACAUGAAUCUGGACAAUAUAUACGGAUACGUAAGGUAAAUUUGUAAACUUUGAAGUAGUGACACAUUUUAAUGGUUAUUUCUCAUAUAUGGGAUUUGUAUAUGUAUGUGUACGUUAUUUAUGCAAUAAAUACUAAUCGUUGCUUAUAAUAACACAACGUAAAUAUU